GUACCCGGAGAAAACCCACGCAAACUCCACACAGAGAUGGCCGAGGGUGGAAUUGAAUUCGGGUCUCCUAGCUGUGAGGUCUGCGCGCUAACCACUCGACCGCCGUGCCGCGCAGGAGGCAAAUAUUGUAAUACAUAAUUUACUAUUUGAGAUAAGUAAGUAAAUGAAAGGUACGUAAAUCAAUUAAUAUAAAAGCCUAUAAAACCGGGUCAGGGUUACAAACAAACACACACUUUGUUGCUAUUGAUGUGACAAUGAUUUUCUUUUCAUAGACUGGAAAAUAAAAGAUUGGGUUGUGUGGCGCACCCCCCCCCCCCCCCCCAAGCUUCCCACCACUCCAUGUGUGAGCAGAAAGGGGGCAAUCAAGAUGCAGAGGGGAGGGGAUUUGUUGGAGACGUCACCAAACGUGCAUUCAUACUUUUCCCUCAUUUUCUGCCCUUUCUCUCUCUCUCUCUCUCCUGUGUCACACAGAGUAUGCAUCAACCCACAGCUCGUGUUUUUUUCACUCCCCCCAAUUCAUUUCACAGCGUUUGGUCACCUCUCUGCUGACAUACUUCAUCUCUUGCCUCUCUCUGUGAUCCAGCUCCGCGACUAUGGGGACCAGAUAACCGCCAGGCAUUCCAGAGAUCAUGGGGGGCUGCCUCUGCAAAGAUCACAAAGAGUUCCACUAUCCCAUGACAGUGCUACACGAAGGUCACCCUGCAGACUCCACCAAGGAUGGCCAAGCUUCAUCAAAUGGCACAGCUGCAGAUAAAAGCGAGGACUAUGGAAUUGGCGAGCUGGCCACCUCCUCUCUGUUAGGUCUGGUGGCCACGAUAAAGGAGCACAUCACCAAGCCGACAGCCAUGGCCCAAGGAAGAGUUGCUCACCUGAUCGAGUGGAAAGGCUGGGGAGGAGGAGGUUGGGUAGGAGGAAGACGUGGCGGCGAGGCUGGAGGAGGCGGAAGCUGGGGGGUGGUGGGUGCCGAGCUGCAGAAAGACGAACAAUUUUACUCUCAAAUGACGGAUGAGAUCAAGGAGGCUCGCUUUGCCGCUGGAGUGGCAGAGCAGUUUGCCUUGGCUGAGGCUGCUAUGAAUGUGUGGUCCAUGAAUGACAGCUUAGAGCAACCUUCGACGAGCUUGCAAGCAGCACAAAACCACUUUUUGUCUCACUUUCUGCUGGAUGGUGGAUGCAUGGGCAUUCCACAGCACCUGUACAGCAUCCAUGCCCGGACACACAGCAACAGCCAGCUAACAGGUCAGAUGGCCCCCUCACAACCUCCACCACCAAUGGCGUCCGUUAGUCCAACGUUCAUCAGACAGGAGGAGAGGAUUUCUACCAGAGAGAACAAAUGCACCGUCACUGCAGAGACCGGCGUGCGACACAUCGACAGCAGCUCCUUGUCUGAGGAUGAUGUUUUUUAUAAUUAAAGCCGCUUAGCGGUCCAAAUAUGUGGAUUUGGGUUCAUCACCAGCAUUGACUGAAAAACCUUCAGAAGAACUCUUUCAAUGGCCUUCGGAUAAAAGACUUUGAAGAAUACGUGUGAAUGUAUACAGUAGAUACGUACAAUCAGAAGUGUUACUGUAUGAUGCUGGUCGUUUUCAUCCACUCAUCCUUCA